CCUGGUGCCGGUUCCUGGAACUGCAUGUGCUUCCUGGCCACCGGGCCCUUCCUUGCCCACGAGAAGCUGCGGGGUUUUGUCCCCUUUGCUCUCCCUGCCAAACCCCGUCUCUCUGUUAGUGGUGGUUUCGGUUGCGACACCGUCCAGGUUCCCAGGCAGGAGCUGCUCGGCCUGGCUGCUUCGCUACUACUUUUCACUGAGGAGGUGGUGGCUGGUGUCGCCCGUGCCGGCUGAGUAAGGGUGGCUGGCUGAGCCGGCCGGGCCCGGCUCUGCCAGCCUCUGCACUUUGCCCUCACUGCCUGGCAGGUUCUGCUGUGGGCUCUGCUGAAUGGAAGUCGCUGGUAGUCCUUGGCCCUUUCUCCAGCCGGCCCACCUUGGGACACCUUGACUCCAAGCCCAGCAGUAAGUCCAACAUGCUGCGGGGCCGCAACUCGGCCACCUCUGCUGAUGAGCAGCCCCACAUUGGCAACUACCGGCUCCUCAAGACCAUUGGCAAGGGUAACUUCGCCAAGGUGAAGUUGGCUCGGCAUAUCCUGACCGGGAAAGAGGUAGCUGUGAAGAUCAUUGACAAGACUCAGCUGAACUCCUCCAGUCUCCAGAAACUAUUCCGUGAAGUAAGAAUAAUGAAGGUUUUGAAUCAUCCCAACAUAGUUAAAUUAUUUGAAGUGAUUGAGACUGAGAAAACACUCUACCUUGUCAUGGAAUAUGCUAGUGGAGGAGAGGUGUUUGAUUACCUAGUGGCUCAUGGCAGGAUGAAAGAAAAAGAGGCUCGAGCUAAAUUCCGCCAGAUAGUGUCUGCUGUGCAAUACUGUCACCAGAAGUUCAUUGUUCAUAGAGACCUAAAGGCAGAAAACCUGCUCUUGGAUGCUGAUAUGAACAUCAAGAUUGCAGACUUUGGCUUUAGCAAUGAAUUCACCUUUGGGAACAAGCUGGAUACCUUCUGUGGCAGUCCCCCAUAUGCGGCCCCGGAACUCUUCCAGGGCAAAAAAUACGAUGGACCCGAGGUGGACGUGUGGAGCCUGGGAGUCAUCCUCUAUACACUGGUCAGCGGGUCCCUGCCUUUUGAUGGACAGAACCUCAAGGAGCUGCGAGAGCGGGUGCUGAGGGGAAAAUACCGUAUUCCGUUCUAUAUGUCCACGGACUGUGAAAACCUGCUCAAGAAAUUUCUCAUUCUCAAUCCCAGCAAGAGAGGCACUUUAGAGCAAAUCAUGAAAGAUCGAUGGAUGAACGUGGGUCACGAAGAUGAUGAACUAAAGCCUUACGUGGAGCCACUCCCAGACUACAAGGACCCCCGAAGGACAGAGUUGAUGGUGUCCAUGGGUUACACAAGGGAAGAGAUCCAGGACUCUCUGGUGGGCCAGAGGUACAACGAGGUGAUGGCUACCUAUCUGCUCCUGGGCUACAAGAGCUCCGAGCUGGAGGGUGACACCAUCACCUUGAAGCCCCGGCCUUCAGCUGAUCUGACCAAUAGCAGUGCCCCUUCCCCAUCCCACAAGGUACAGCGCAGUGUCUCGGCCAACCCCAAGCAGCGGCGCUUCAGCGAUCAGGCUGGUCCUGCCAUUCCCACCUCUAAUUCCUACUCUAAGAAGACCCAGAGUAACAACGCAGAGAACAAGCGGCCUGAGGAGGACCGGGAGGCAGGGCGGAAGGCCAGCAGCACAGCCAAAGUGCCUGCCAGCCCCCUGCCCGGCCUGGAGAGGAAGAAGACCACCCCCACCCCCUCCACGAACAGCGUCCUCUCCACCAGCACAAAUCGAAGCAGGAAUUCCCCACUUUUGGAGAGGGCCAGCCUCGGCCAGGCCUCCAUCCAGAAUGGCAAAGACAGCCUAACCAUGCCAGGGUCCCGGGCCUCCACGGCUUCUGCUUCCGCCGCAGUCUCCGCGGCCCGGCCCCGCCAGCACCAGAAAUCCAUGUCGGCCUCCAUGCACCCCAACAAGGCCUCUGGGCUGCCCCCCACGGAGAGUAACUGUGAGGUGCCGCGGCCCAGCACAGCCCCCCAGCGUGUCCCUGUAGCCUCCCCCUCCGCCCACAACAUCAGCAGCAGUGGUGGAGCCCCAGACAGAACCAAUUUUCCCCGGGGUGUGUCCAGUCGAAGCACCUUCCACGCCGGGCAGCUCCGACAGGUGCGGGACCAGCAGAAUUUGCCCUACGGUGUGACCCCAGCCUCCCCCUCUGGCAACAGCCAGGGCCGGCGGGGGGCCUCUGGGAGCAUCUUCAGCAAAUUCACCUCCAAGUUUGUACGCAGAAAUCUGUCUUUCAGGUUUGCCAGAAGGAACCUGAAUGAACCUGAGAGCAAAGACCGAGUGGAGACGCUCAGACCUCACAUGGUGGGCAGCGGAGUCAGUGAGAAAGAAAAGGAAGAUUUCCGAGAGGCCAAGCCCCGCUCACUACGUUUCACGUGGAGUAUGAAGACCACGAGCUCCAUGGAACCCAAUGAGAUGAUGCGGGAGAUCCGCAAGGUGCUGGACGCAAACAGCUGCCAGAGCGAGCUGCACGAGAAAUACAUGCUGCUGUGCAUGCACGGCACGCCGGGCCACGAGGACUUCGUGCAGUGGGAGAUGGAGGUGUGCAAACUGCCGCGGCUGUCUCUCAAUGGCGUUCGAUUUAAGCGGAUAUCGGGCACCUCCAUGGCCUUCAAAAACAUUGCCUCCAAAAUAGCCAACGAGCUGAAGCUCUAACAGGCUGCGGGGAGCCGGGGGAGACCGGAGGCCAGCUGGACCUCGCUGCUGGGGCCGGCCGCUCGCCCCGGGAGACUGCGGCCAGGGUUGGUGUGUCUCCCCCUGCUGGCACUUGUCCCUCCCCGGCCCUGUUUUUCCUUCCGUGUUUGUGGGGGAGGGGAGAUGGUUCUUUCCCCCCACACAUUCACCCCUGCCCAGAAUUCCCCUUUCCCCCCUCCCCCCACAGGAGGCAAAGGAAGGGGAGGGAGGGGCGGGGGGGCAGGGCUCCCCCUCGGUACUGCGGUUGCACAGAGUAUUUCGCCUAAACCAAGAAAUUUUUUAUUACCAAAAAGAUAAAAAGAAAAAAAAAAAUCCCAGCGGCCACCUUUCCUCCCUGCCCCAUGGGGACAGUCGAGACUGGAUCCUCUGGGGUUUCCCGGGAGGGUGGCUCAGGGCUGGAACACUCUCAGGCAAGAGUGGUGGAGUUCCCCGUCAGUCCCUCCGCCGGGCCCACUCGAGCUUCUCCCCUCUCCUUCCCUCCUUCCCCUCCAAGCAAACCACCAGAGGUGGCCUUCCCCCGACCUCGGGCCCUGGGCUUGAGACCUGGGCAGCUGGGUGGGGGGUGCCGCGCGGCCCGGAAGGAGGGGGCUGGCGGCUGCUCUGGGGGCUGCCGAGGCAAGGGCGAGGGGCUGUGGCCUCCCUCCACACUGUACCCUCUGGCCUCCCCCCCUCCCCAGAGCUGGGCAUUUCCUACCACGAGCUGCUGUGGGGGCAUUCGUUCCCCUUCCUCAAAAGUCUGUGCCAUCUUCUCCCACCCCUUCCCGGGUAGAAGGAGGGACUGACCCCAGGCCGGGAGAGGAGAGGGGGCUGCGGGCAGAUCGCCAGGUGCCCAGGGGGCCGCCCGGGCUGCUUGUCCCCGAGCAGGGACGCUGGGCAUUCUCCGUUGUGGGAGAGCUUUUGUCUGAAAGCACAGCGCCCCCUCCUCCUGCUUCCCGGAACUUUGUUGGCAUUAAUCUGGGCACCAGCUACUUCCAUAGCAGUGACUCCCCUCACCACCGUGCUCUUCCCGGCCUCCCCUUCUCUUCCUGACACUGUCGCCCCUCCUCUCAGGAGACAUUGCCCCGGGCCUGGGCCUCUACUGCAGCCGGCCGGGGAGCAUCCGCCCUCCAGGGUGUGGGGCAGACGGACCCAGAGGCUCCCAGCUUGCUAACCUCCAUGGCCAGGGUGGGUGCGGGUGGCUGUGGGCGCUUGGCUGGUGGCGGCCGCUGCAUCCCUUAAUUUAUUUCUCUGCUGUUUCUGUUCUUGAGAAAUUGGGGGAGUCCUGCAGAGGCUGCCCCUACCCUCACCUGAGUUGUACAUUUUUUUGUGAUGGGUUUUAUUUUCUAUUUUAUUAUUUUAUUUUUUUUGAUUUAUAAUGACUCCACCCCUGUUCAUCACCCCUGCCCCCAGGCCAGGCUCAGUGGCAAGUCGAGCCCUUGGGUCCCAGGAAGGGGCCUUGCCGACCUCAGCCCCCUACCCCCCACGCCCCCAACUGUGGGCUCCGGCUCAGACCAAGGGCUCCCCCUCCCUCCCUCCCCUCCCCCGUCGUGCCCUAUGGAACAGCCCGGGUGCUCCAAGGGAGCCAGGAGGGCAUGGCUUGGCUCCCAAAGGGGGCGGGGGCCGGGGGCACCCCGGCAAGGUGGCUCCUCCCUGCCCAGCCCCCCUCCUGCACUUAGUUUCUCCUCUGGAUCAAACACGUAAUAAAGAGAAUGUUUGGAAUCUGA